GCCGGCGGCGCCCUCCAGCAGCGGAAACGACCGGCGCGCACGUCGUCGGGCGGCGGCGCGCGCGCGAUGCAGCGGUCGCAGCCGGGCAUCCUCCGCUUCUACGCUGACGAGGCCCCGGGCCUCAAGAUCGGCCCCACGACCGUGCUCGUCAUGAGCCUCAUGUUCAUCGGCUUCGUCGUCCUCCUCCACAUCUACGGCAAG